CUUGAGCGCAUGCCUUGACGCCGAGGUCGGUGUACCUCUCCAAGGAUUUGAUGAAGAAGGUUCGUUAUAAGUGCAAUACGUUAACAGUAACUUGUUUUGAGAGAGAGAGAGAGAGAGAAAGCGCACACGCUGAAAACUACAGGGUCUGGAGUUUUAUCGGUGAACUGCGGUGCUUGGAUAAAGACACAAGCGCGGCUGCGCUCCCAACUUUUCUUCGAAGUUCAGGGCUGAGCAUGGAGAGAGAAAGAGUCUGCACCAUGAAGGUUUUUCUCACUUCGCUGAUGCCCUUUCUGCUCUUCCUCGUCCUUCCUGAUGGCACCUUGUCCAACGACUGCCCGAAGGACUGCACCUGCUCCACGCCAGAGUCCAUCUUAUGUUUCCAGAGACGCUCCUCUACUAUUCCAAAGGGAGUGCCCACAUUCACAAAAAGCCUUUACCUCUUUUCCAAUGGCAUUGAGGGCUUGACAACUGAGGACUUUGAUGGUCUAGACAACCUGGAAAUGCUGGACCUCAGUCAAAACAAAUUGACUGAACUUCCUGAAAGGGUGUUUGAACCUCUGACCUCUUUGAGAAACCUGGACUUGUCAUCCAACCAGAUCACCCACAUUUCAGAGGAAUGCUUCCAGGGUUUGGCACUGCUUGAGCGCCUUUAUUUGUAUAGUAAUGUUAUUGAGACCAUCCACCCUGCAGCCUUUAAUGGCUUGGAGCACCUGCUGGAACUCAAACUGCAGGGCAACCAGCUGAGAUCCCUGCCUGCUCUCUCAAUGCCCCAACUGCUGCUGCUGGACCUUCGCUUUAAUGUCUUACCCACCUUAGGUCCUUCAGACCUCCAGACCCCAAACCUGGAGUCGCUUAAAUUGGGUGGUGUGGGGCUCACCAGUCUGAAUAAGGAGCUAAUAGGUGGUCUGAAGAACCUCCACGAACUGGACAUCUCAGGAAACCAACUUGAGUCCUUCCCCUCAGUGCUAAAGGAGACCCAGGGGCUGAUUCACCUCAGCCUGGCUGGGAACCCAAUGGGUCCUCUUAAGUUUCAAGAUCUUCAAGGACAUCAGCUGCAGGAGUUGGACAUUAGCAGCCUUAGUCUGCAGGCUCUCCCUGAAGAGUUACCCCAGCUCCUACCUAACCUCAGAAAGCUUACAGUAGCAGAAAACCCCUUCAACUGUCUCUGCACCUUAGCAUGGUUCCCAAGAUGGCUGAGAGCCCAAAGCAUCACCCUUGAGAGAACAGAGGAGACACGCUGCCAUUUCCCCCCGAUCAAUGCUGGAAAGGUAUUGGAAAGACUGGAGCACAGGGAUUUUGGCUGUCCUACCACAACUACAGUCACCACUAGUACUGUAAAAACUACUAAUAUGCCGCCUGUUCCUGUCACUACCUUCCCAAGUACUACCAGAGCUAUUCCAGUCCCCAGGGCUAGUGACAACCCCAGAGACAAAGAUGACCAUUCUCCCCAGCCUCCUCUCCCUGCGUCCCCCAGUAGCAGCAGCAUGGACCCAGAUGAGGAGCAGCAUUUCUGUCCUUCUCACACCUGUCUGAAUGGGGGUACUUGUCGUUUGGACCAGCAUGGUCAGGUAGAGUGUACCUGUCCACAUGGCACCUUUGGCACGUAUUGUGAAGUCAAAAACCAUCACCUGCCUUCACCACCUGAAGCUGAAUUCCCCACAGCAACUGUAACUGUAGAUGCGCCAGACAUUUGCUCACAUCAAGCGACCGCAACCUCAAUCCUUCUGGACCUCCACCGCUACAUUGAAAUGCGGCCUUACAUCCGUGGAAUCCGCCUAACCUACCGCAAUCUCUCUGGGCCAGACCGCAGGCCAAUACAACUCAGCCUGCCAGCAUCCUUUCCAGAGUAUAGACUCAGGGGCCUGAAGCCCAACUCCACCUACACUGUGUGUGCCAGUCCACUAGGUGCCCCUAGUGGCAUAGACAGUGUCUGCACAGAGGCCCAAACGGCCACUGAAAGCACCAUGCGCCCUGAUGCACAGAUUGACAACCAGACAUUAACCACUAUGCUGGUACCUGCAAUUGCCAUCUUGCUAGUGCUGGUACUGAUAGCAGUAGCAGUGGGUGUGGUAUGCUAUCUUCGCAGGAAGAGGGCCAAGGGCCACCUGGACCUAGACUGCGAGCCCUCCCAGCUAGAGUUGGACGGAGUCAAGGCAGGCUUGGACAAUGGGGCACUGCCUCAAAAAGAGCCCCAGCUUAUGAUCCCUGAACCUGCGGUUCAGAAUGGCAAUCUGGAAUAUGAGGUGUUGCUACUUCAGGAUCACUGUACAUCAAAUAACAAUAUGUCUUUACACAAGCCCUCCUACUUUUGACACCUGGCUGACUACUCAGACCUAGAGGAGGAUUUUAAUUCUUCAGCUCUGUUUUCCCCACUGGUGAAAUACAGAGAGCGGCAACUGCUGUUGUGAAAAAGGAGGACACAGUAUCAGCCAGCCUACCAGCAAAGGAGAAACUGGAGAUCUAUUUAACUCAAUGCCCUCUGGUUGUCUAAAUAGACAUUAAACAAUUUCAAGAACAUCUGUCUGGACUAAAAAGCAUAGAAAGUGCCUCUGCUCCAUUACAUGCUGCAUACUACUACAAUAAUAUUUCCUCACCUUUCAGCUCCCAUGUUAUGAUGCUGGGAUUGAUGGUAUGUUGUCAUUGGCUGAAACCUAGGGUUAAGGGACAUAGUGACCUCAUGCCCUCCUUUAUCUGUUCAUAAAGGAGAAUGGACUGAAACGGGGUUGUGCUGCCUUUUCCCCAUCACAGCAGCCCAACUAAACACUAUCAGCAAUUGUUUUUGCUGCAUGUUGUAAUGGAGCAGUGCUUGCUGUGAAUGACCUUUAAGACACCAAAUGAAGUUGUGCAGAGAAAAUAGCUGAUGCUUGUAUCCCAUUAUUUGGCUCUAAAAACUUGUUUUGUUUUGUAUGUAUGUUUUUUUAUACCUGCCUUUUUGUUAUUUUUUAUUGUGCAACAUUGUGACUGUUAACAGCCCUAUAUACCCACCACCCCCACCUCUUGUGACUAACAGACAAAACAGCAGAUUAAAAUCUUUGAAGAUUAAAACUCAUUUGGUACCAGCAAAGUCAAUCAAAGGGCUUUGCCCCCAGAAUGUCAGACAGUCUAAGUAGAUGUAAGUCUGGACAGACUCAAGACUAAAUCCCCUUUCUCGAUUCUGAAACCCUCAGUCACAAAGGGACAAGGUAAACAGGAUGACAAAAAGGUAGUAGGGAAGUAGUUGUAGUAGUAGACUAAACACCUUCUGUUUCAGUGCUGCUUGCCUUUAUUAAGCACUGACAUGACCAUACCACAGCAAAAAAGAACUUUAUUUAUUAUUUAUCUUUUCUGCAAGGGAAACUCUGUUUUAUCCCUCAACCACAAUUCACAUACAACAUACUACUUGGCCUGGCUCACAACAAGCAAAGCAAAUAGUGCUUGUGUAUUGUGUUUCCCUUAAGUAAAAAUAGCAUGCUCAGUGUAAUGUUGUGCACAAUUUUUCCCUGGCAAAGAGGGUCCCAGUUUUGCUCACUUGUACCUAACCAGACUAUGGAAAGCCCACAGGCACAGUGCAGGAAACGUCAUAGUGUUUUAUAUUGUUGUGUAGAGGACAAUGAGACUUGUAAAGUGGGAGAUCCACUGGAAGGUUGUUAUGCAGACACAGAGUGCUGUGAUCCAAAUCUGUGAAUAUAGGGCAAAGAAGGACUCAAAGUAACAUUGUGUGUGUGUGUGUGUGUGUGUGUGUGUGUGUGUGUGUGUGUGUGUGUGUGUGUGUGUGUGUGUGUGUGUGUGUGUAGAUCUGUCAACUUCAGUGAUAAGUACAUGUUCUGUCUUGUGCAAAGCCUUGCAGUUACUAUCAGCAACCCCCUCUAUGUGCCCACAUGCCUAGGAGUACAUUAAGUCCCAUGUAACUAACACACCAAAGACACAUCUGUAAAGUUUCCUACCUACAGUAUUCCCAGUGCACAAUUAACCAUUCCAAGCUAACCGAAUGCAGUGAGAACCCACACAAAAAACAAUCAAGCAAUGCAACUGGAAUAUUUGUCUGUAAAAUAGAAUACAUUGAAGAUAACCAAAAGUAUUUUCAAUGUGAUUGUUAAUUUUUCCCUGUUUACUUUGGGAAGCUCUAUAUUGUCAUCCAUUGCUUUUUUUAUUCUGUGAACUUAUUUGUACAAAUGGAAAAGUGAUAUUAUCAUUAAAUGAAUAUCCAAAAAUAAAAA